AUGACGGCGAAGCGCAGCACCAGCGCGUGGUUCCUAGACGCCGGCGACGCCCCCCACGGGAGGAAGAACUGUUCCCCCUCACGCCUCUUCCCCCUGCCGGACCAAGCGUUGCAAGGAAACUCGACGGCUGACAGCCACGAGCUGUUCGCCCUGCGCCAGUCGUGGACCGUGCUGCUGCUCGUGGCCCUGGGCCUGGUGUUGGUUGCCGGCCUGCUCGCCAUCUGCGCUUCUCCCAAGAACAGCGCGUUGGCCUACAAGGUGGCAGGCGGAAUCUUCGUCGCCGCUGGGGUGCUGCUGCUGCUGGUGUUGCUGCUGCUGGUGCUGUGGCUGGAGGCGCUGGUCUCCCUGGAGGGCUACGUGUCCGCAGAAGCGGGAGGCGUGGCGCCUCCGGCGCGCUCCGCGUGCCCCGACGGCGCGGUGGGGGCGCACUAUGGCUGGUCGUUCAUCGUGGCCGCGCUGGCCGUCCCGCAGGCCGUGCUGGCCGGAGUGCUCUUCCUGCUCAUUGGCAGAGCGCUGUGCCGCUACCCGUACACGUCCUAGGCCUGCGCGGCCAGCCGUCGCCACCGCCGCGGUUGCCACGGAGCACACCCCUUGCUCCCCCCUCCCACCCCUUGCUCCCCCCCUCCUCCCACCCCUUGCUCC